CUUUAUUUCUAUUCAAACACUAUGGCCAACGACGACGUUUCCGCCAAACUGCCACCGAUAACCACCACCGCCGCCGCCGUUAGCGGCAGCGGUGGCCUUAUCAUAUCAAUUAGCGAUGAGAUGCGCUCCUUCCUCACCACAUCUUCCGCCGAUUCACACCUAUCGGAGGAUCUCCGACGCCUUUCUUCCUCGCUUAGCCUCCAAUCGUCCGCACCUUACCAAUCCCUAAAAUCGAUCUGGCUCGGAUCCGAAUCAGAUUCAAGACCGCAUUUAUCCUCUCUCCUCGGCGGCUCUAAUUUCAUCUUCACCAGCCCCACGCCUCGCCAAAAGAGCGAGGAGCUGAAGGCGAGAUUGAGAAAGCUGGAGGAAGCAGCUGAGAGGAAAGCCUACGAUGAAUUGGUGAAGGACAUUACUCCCAAGAAGCCUGUGAAUGAGCCCUUUUCUUCUUAUAAGGAUCAAUUAGGCUUCGGAUUACAUGUUGUGGUUACAAUGUUUACUGGAUACUUGGUUGGGUAUGCAGCAUUCCGAGCCCUGUUUGGCAAAAGUCCUCCAAUGAGUGCUGCUGGAGGCAUCCUUGGUUUGGUCGGGGCCAUGCUAGUCGAGACGCUUCUGUUUAUACUCAGAUCUUCAGACCUAGGUGGUGAAUCCUCCCCAUCUUCUGCUUCCCGCCCUUCCAAUUUGAAGAUAAAGAAGAAUCAGUAGGUUCCAAUUAAGACAUAGUUCUUGUACUCAUUUACACGAUAGAAUGUUUUUUUGUAUUUCAUGAAGAUUGUGUUAUAGGUAAAUAGUUUAAAAUGAAGGCUAACUUGUUCUGGAUUUUCCUAAAGUUAUUUGUAUGUAAAUUCAAGGCUGGUUAUUGAUAUUUACUCAAAAGUUAUUUGCGUUGUA